GCCUCCCGGCGUUCAGAGAGAGGCGCCACGCCAGCUCAGAGGCCAGGCCAGGGCCAGGCACUGGUGAAUCAACUCCCGGAAUGAGGUGGCUCAUCAAAGUCCCCUGGACAGGCAGACGCCAGUGCCAGCAGAACGGGUUCUGGGCGGCAGGCGGGCGCAUUCUGCCCUUGUCAGACCUUUGUUGUGUUUUGAGGGGGCGAGAGCCAGGGCCUCUCCCGAAACUUGGGUGCUUUCAUAUUCACCCUUCCUCCAUCAGUACGUUCCUCUGCCUUCCACCUCCAGCCUUGCCUGCGGUGUCCCGGGAGAAGAUGGGAGGGCAGUGGCCCUCCUGCCCUGGGACCACCCCUCCCUCCCUGGGUCCUGGUCCUCUCUGUCUCACCAGCUCUGGGGCAGGGGGUGCUGAGGGCCUUGUUCGUGUCUGAGACCUUGACUCAGCCUCCUGAGUCCUUCUCCCUGAAGACCUUCGUCCUUUCCUUCCUUUACCCUUCUUGACCUUUCCUUUUGAAGCUUGGAAAAUGUUCCUAGCUUUUGGGCUUUAAGCAGAGCUGACCCUUGAACAACAAUGUGGUUUGAACUGCACGGGCCCACCUCUAUGUGGAUUUUUUUCUGAUAAAUACAGUACAGUGAAUGCAUUUUCCCUUUCUUUAAAUUUUUUUUUUUAACAUUUAUUCAUUUUUAAGAGUGAGAGAGACAGAGCAAGAAUGGGGGAGGGGCAGAGAGAGAGAAGGAGACACAGAGUCCGAAGCAGACUCCAGGCUCUGAGCUGUCAGCACAGCGCACGACGCGGGGCUCGAACUCAUGGACCGCGAGAUCAUGACCUGAGCUGAAGUCGGACUCAACCGACUGAGCCACCCAGGCGCCCCUGCAUUUUCCCUUUCUUACUGUUUUCUUACUAACACUUUUUUCCUCUGGCUUACUUUAUUGUUAUAAUACAUGUAACCUACAGAAUGUGUGUUAGUCAACUGUAUCUCUUAUCGCUAAGGCUUCCGGGCUAUGAGUAGUUAAGUUUUGGGGGAGUCAAAAGUUCUAUUCGGACUUUUGACCGUAUGUGGGGGGGGGGGGGGUGGCGGUCAGGGCCUCUAUCCCCUGCACUGUUAAAGGGUCAACUGUAUAAUAGAGUUUAGCCUUUUGGGAGGAAAGAUACCAAUAAGUGAAAACAUGAGCUAGUUUGCCCCAGCUCUGUCGGCUCUGAGACCCGUACCCUGUGUGUCACUGAGGCAGCCAUUCGUCUUCUCUACUCCGCACUGGGGCCAAGCCUCUCUGGCCCCGUUUAGUGUGAGGUGUCUGUCGUGGGGAGCGGCCACGUCAAAGGACUGCCAGUCAGUCUGGGCUUCUGCCCACCGCAGCCCUACCGGGAGCCAGAGCCGUCAGUGGCUGAACCCCCGUCUUGCCCCCUGGUUUUGGACAUGAGCCUUCGGGACUCCAGCUAUAGUGUGGCCCCUGGGCCCUGCGUGGUAGCCCAGCUGCCCUCUGAUGAUAUGAGUCGUUUGGCAGACCCCCAGAGCAGAGACCACGGCUUCCUGCGCACCAAAAUGAAGGUGACCCUCGGGGACAGUGCCGGCGGUGACCUCUUCACCUGCCACAUCUGCCAGAAGGCCUUCACCUACCAGCGCAUGCUGAAUCGUCACAUGAAGUGUCACAAUGACGUCAAGAGGCACCUCUGCACCUACUGUGGGAAGGGCUUCAAUGACACAUUCGACCUGAAGAGACACGUCCGCACCCACACUGGCGUGAGGCCCUACAAAUGCAGCCUGUGCGACAAGGCCUUCACGCAGCGCUGCUCCCUGGAGUCUCAUCUCAAGAAGAUCCACGGCGUGCAGCAGAAGUACGCGUACAAGGAGCGGCGGGCCAAGCUGUACGUGUGUGAGGAGUGUGGCUGCACGUCCGAGAGCCAGGAGGGCCACGUCCUGCACCUGAAGGAGCACCACCCCGACAGCCCGCUGCUGCGCAAGACCUCCAAGAAGGUGGCCGUGGCCCUGCAGAGCACCGUCACCUCCCUGCUACAGAGCAACCACCACCUGUGAGCGGUGCCGCCCGGCCUGGGCCCCCUUCCCCGCUGCCUGGCCGGUCCUCCCGCCACCACCCCUUGCCGGACACGGCGAUGGGGACCACCGGAGCCCCCCAGCACACGUGCUCACUCAGGCGCCACAUCGAGUGAGCUCUGCUCGCGGCUGCAUCUCUGUCUUCCGGGCCGAGCCUGGGCAGGCACGUGUGAGUACGGGGCGGCCGUGAGGCCAAGGCUGCCUUCAGGUUGAAGGAGAGCACACCUAGAGACGGGACUUCCCUCCCAGAGGAGGCACCGGAGGAUCCCCUCUCUGCCCUCUGGAGGGCAGGG